AUGCUGGACGAGAUCCGUCGGUAUUUCAGGGCGGUCCGGGAGAGCGACAACGGACAUCAGGGAGUUCGGUCUCGGUGGUGUGUGGUCAUCGAUGAAGGUGCUUUGCAAUCCAUCAUCCGCCACCCCGAGCCACAGAGUGGCCGAAAAGGCGACUGGGUCACGGUGGUGGAUCCGAAUUAUCGAGGAGGCAGCAGUUACAACACGCGAUACUACCCGGGAUAUUUCCGCUUAUAUCUGGAUGACCUCUGGAGCUUGACUCGUAUUGGGCGCGCCCUAGGGCUGGAUGAUGUCUGUGGAAGAAUGAAAGGACCCAAUGACGUUCCCUGGUUCGAUUCUGAUAUGCUCACCUCCUACCGACCAGCAAAUAGAGGAAAGUGCAAAUUUUUUUUGCUCUCCGAAGAUUGGAUCGGUCCGGGAGAGCCACUGAAAGCCAGCGACAUGUGGGAAGUUGAUCAUACAGCUGCUGAGCAUUAUGGCGAGGUUGAGCGAUGGUUUAUUAACCUUAAAAUCGUGUUACGCGACCUCAAAAUUCGACCUCGAAAUCUAUGGAAUUUUGACGAGACCGGAUUCGUUGUUGAACAGGGAAAAAAUGAAGCAGUGGUAACAGCAUACCCAAAAACAUCAGAAAGAGUUUUUAGCCUGUCAUCUCGAGAAUCUAUUACCGUCGUUGAGUGUAUUAACGCCGAAGGUGAAAAGCAUACGGAGGAAUGGUAUCAACAUAUCAAGGAUGAAGAAUGGCUUGUUGCACCAGCUAAGAAUGGGUUUAUCACUGAUGAGAUCGUAUUCGAAUGGCUUCAACAUUUUAACAUUAUACGCAUCCUGGAGAUUCAAGCCGGCGGUUACUACUCAUGGAUAAUCAUACAACCCAUCUCACUAUCGAAUUCGUUGAUUACUGCGAACAAGGGCACAUUCAAUUAUUCACUUUUCCUCCACAUUCAACGCAUCUUUUACAACCGCUUGAUGGUAUCCUUUUUCAGCAAUAUAAACACGUUCAUGGAAGAGUGGUGA